AAACAUGGACCAAGAAACUUCCACUAUAAAUAUCAUUCUUACAAUAUCGUUAAGCUUAUAUUUAUCUUCAAGAACCCCCUUGUGAGUUUCAUUUCAGGAUAUAUUUUGCAUUCACAUAAUUUCUUAUAUGGAUUUUAGCUCAGAUAUUUCAAGGGUAGUUUUCAAUGCUACUUCAUAUAGCUUUGGUGCUUCAAAUGAGAUUUCAAGAGGUGGAUUUGUAUCAUCAAACUCAUUGGUUUUGGAUAGUGAGAAAGGAGAAUUAGUGAAGUCUCCUCCAAUAAUUGGAGACAAAAAGAUUUGUGAUGCUAACAAAACUUUAGUGGCUUUGAAGAAUCAUAGAGAAGCAGAGAGGAGAAGAAGGAACAAAAUUAAUUGUCAUCUUGCUAAACUUCGUGGACUUGUGCCUUCCUCUACAAAGAUGGACAAAGCAACCCUACUAGCAGAAGUAAUUAGGCAAGUAAAGGAAUUGAAAAAUAAUGCUAAUCAAGCAAGCAAAGGUUAUUCAAUCCCAAUAGAUGGUGAUGAAGUGAAAGUUGAAGUUGAAUCAUGUGAAGAUGGUGGAGUAGAUGGAUCAAUUUUUUACAAAGCAUCUAUCUGCUGUGAUUACCAACCAGAACUUCUUUCUGAUCUAAAACAAACUCUUGAUACCCUUCAACUACAAUUGGUAAGGGCAGAAUUGUCAACUUUGGGAGACAGGGUUAAGAAUGAAUUUGUCUACAAUUGUUGCAAAGUAGACAUUUAUAAUAUUGAGCUAUGUCAACUUAUUGCAAGUAAUGUUCACCAGGCACUUAGUUCUGUAUUGGAUAAGGCUUCUGCCUCAAUGGAUUACUCAUUAAGGGCACCACAUCCUUGCAAUCAGCUGCAGCAGACAUCUACGUUGUCAUGCAACCAUGAUUUUUGCUCUUGUUGAUGCCAAACAUUUUGGUUCGUUAAUUAAUACUAGGUUUAAAUGCACUUUUAGUCUUCAAUUUUUACCGAUGAUUUUAUUCCUCAUAUUUCUAAAUCCAUUAGUUUGGUGAUAUGGCCGGUGAGAUGCUUAUGUGACAAUUGAGUUGAUGACAUGAUAUUGUCUAGGUGAGUUCUUACUUAAUAAUUCAUUUUUUAAGUCAUCGAUUCGGUUACCGCAUAAGUAUGUCACUUGUCACAUUACAAAAGCGCAACCCAAAUUUAUAGGUGGAGAAAUUUUUUCAAAAAUCGCUAAAUUUAAAAAUUGAGAGACCAAAAUAAACAAAAACAAGACAUAAUAGAAGGAUCAAAACUGCAUUUAUGUCUUGCUAUUUUACUUUGCAAACACCUCUCAAGUUGAAGGGUUGAAGCUGUUGCAGCUACUAUUGGUAUUAUUGUUGCUGUUGCUAGUAUAUAAUCUAUGAACCUUGUAAGUUGAGUCUUUUGUAAAUUUGUUAUCAUUUAGUAACAUUUACAUCAAAGUCAUGUGUUUCUCUGUUGUAUUAUGUUUACAGAAUAUGGAUGUUAUUGUUGGCUUAAUUUA